AUGAAACGAUUAUGGUUUAUUACAAUAUUGGAGUAUAUUUUCAAUUAUCAAGAAAUUUCCUCACAUUUUACAAAUCCUUCAUAUUCAUCAUUUACUAUUGAUUAUCAAAAUGAUACAUUUCUAUUAGAUGGUAAACCAUUUAGGUAUAUUUCCGGUAGCAUUCAUUAUUUCCGGAUUCAUCCAUACUAUUGGAAUGAUCGAUUACGACGAAUUCGAGCUGCAGGCUUAAAUACCAUACAAAUGUACAUUCCAUGGAAUUUUCAUGAAGUUUAUAAUGGAAGGUUUGUUGUUUUACCUGUUAGAGGUGACAUAUCUAUCACUUUGUAUGGUUGUUUUACCUGUUAG